CUUACGUUGUUUAUUGGCAGCGUUCGAAGAUACAAUAUUAGCUAGAAAUUAAUCGAUGACAUAAAAUUAAUCAAAUGGGAAAAACUUAAAUUAAAAUGUUAUCAAAAAUAUAAAUACUUAAAUUUUAAGAAAAUACAGCAUGUGUACAUGCUCGUUGUUGUAAAUAAUUGAUUCAUCUAGAAGACCGCAAAAGUUUUCGUGUUUGUUUCGUGAAGUGUUUUGUGAAGAUUCGACAACUCAAGUGUUAGAUGACAGUAGUCACUAAGUUAAAUGAAGCGAGAUUGUAUCUGAACCCGAAGAGGAUUUGAUGCCGUCAACGAAUAAGGUUAGAUCCUCCAGUUGCGCAGACACAAUUCCAAAUGGAGAACAAAAAGGCAGCCCCGGCAACACAGCAACCUCAAACCCAGCAACACAUCAUGGCUCAUCACGUACAUCCAGAUCAGAUUUACUCCCCUCAACAUUCACAGUUAUCUGCAAAUCUAACAUCGGCACAAACUGGACAAAUCCAACCGAAUGGCGUCAUGCACCAACUACUACAAAGCCAAUACCAUUCAAAUAUGAAUGCGCGGUCACCGCUCCUAGAAAACAGACGUGAAUUGUAUGGAACAGGACACAAUCAAGACUACACAAGGCACUAUGGAACGAAUGAUAAUUAUAAUUACCCUCAAUCUCCUCCAAGGCAAGAAAGAACGGAUAUGCACAUUGACCAUAAUGUCAAUCACGAAUUACUACAAAAUAUUCCUAAAGGAUAUAACGCGGAGGUCUAUCAGGAUUAUUUGAAACGUAACCCACCGAAAGAUGCUAAUCAAAUAUACCAAAAUCAUCAACCUAUGUAUAGGCCUAAUGUAAACCAAUACGGUUCAAAACCAUAUCUACCAUAUUCAAAUAGGAUAGGACCACAAAGUAAUACUGAGUUAUUACGUAGACAAUACAACGAAAUCCAACAAAUGAAAUUGCAGCAACAGCUACAUUACCAAAACCAGGCGCAAAUGCACCAACAACAAAAAUUUGCUGAGCGACAGCUAUUGCUCCAACAAAUUCACGGAGUACAUCCACCAGCUAAUUUGCAAAAUAGUAUAUAUUCAUCUGACAGCUUUUUUACAGAUUUAGAUCGAUACAGUAAAAACGAUUUUAAGGACUAUAGUAGUCCCGAUAUACAAAAAGAUAUAGAAAUGUAUACGAAAGCCAAUGAAAUGGAGAAACCGUUAAAUAGGCAGUACCAGGAGUCGCAAUGGCAAGCAAAUCAGCCUAGUGACUUUAGAGAAACUGAAAAAUAUAGAAGACAGUCAGAAGGAGAUAAAGGUAUAAUUCAAUCUCCACCCUCUGAUUAUAAUAAUCAAUACGAAAGAGGUAACGUGGGCGUGGUAUCACCAAUGAAAUCUAGUGAAUCAAGCAGCCCGAGCGUUAAGUCUCCAUCAUCUGAAAGCCGCAGAAGUAGUGGUGGAAAUCAAGCAUUAAAAUCUCCUAUAGCGCAAAGGAUUCCGUCUGCUCCUGUAACAAUUUCUGGCAUUUUGUACAAACAGGGUUCCGAUGGACUAAAAGUAUGGAGGAAGAGAUGGUUCGUGUUGUCGGAGUAUUGUUUGUUUUACUAUAAAAGUCAAGAUGAAGAAAAACUAUUAGGGUCGGUGCUUUUACCUUCCUAUAAAGUCUCUGCAUGUUCUCUCGAUGACAAAGUUAUGAGAAAAUUCUCAUUCAAGUUAGAACAUGCCAAUAUGAGAACAUAUGUUCUGGCUGCACCAGAUCAAGAGGCAAUGUUAAAGUGGGUGAAGGCGUUAACUAUGGCUGCAUUGAUGCAGAAUCCAAAUGAACAACCACAAAAGCAUAGUGAGAGGGCAGCUGCGAAAAUAGAGGACAGCGACGAAGUACCCGGACCAACGUAUGCUAACGCUCCACCAAAACCGAGACGUUCCAACGAAGGAUAUAACUCGCCCAGUCCUGAUAUGUAUGACCCAAAUUACGAUAUACUCAAAAAGCCAGCAUCACACUACAGUCAGAGCACUUGUCACAUUCGUUCUCAAGAUAACACAAAUUAUACAACUAGUCCAAAUCAGGAGAGCACAUACACCCGUAGUCCGCAGUCUCCACCUUCAGCACAGCAGCAACCUCAAUACCAGAUGAAACGUCCUUACGACACGCAACACCUUUCCUUACCUUUGACUAAUACUGUUACCGAUAGACUUGAAAACAACCUACCUAGCACAUCAUCUGCGUAUAGGUCUAAUCCUCAAUCGCCUUAUUUUAAUAAUAGGGAUAGGAGUCAACCGCAACCGCCCAUGAUUCAAGAAAAUGUACAAGGACAAAUAUAUGACACACAGCGUAAAAGCCAACGCAAUCCUUUCCUUCAAGAUAACUCACCGCAAAUAGAAAAUGAGUCAAAACAAAGUGAUGUUCAAAAUAAAAAUAACCGACUAGUGCCGGAUGCUAAUAGAUCCCAGUUAAAUUAUAAUGAAGCAUAUACCGAAACUCGUCCUAAUUUAAAACAAAGUGAUGAUACUAGUACUUACAGUAGAGAAGUUUAUGGUGAGCUGAAUGCGAGACAAAACAGAACGCCUGGGAUAAAUGAGCGAUUACUAAAUGAAAGACGAACACCAGAUGCUUACGGUCGAUCGACAUCUAUGGGUUCCUACAAUAGAGGAAAGGUUGGAGAUUAUGAAGAUGUAUAUGGAAUGUAUGCUACCGAAAAUGAAUAUGGCAAAACAUAUACUAAAUCACCACCCAGCGUUAUUCAGCAAAAUGUAAGCGGUGCAUAUAAUAUCAAGCAAUCUCAAGAAAUAACUGGAAAUGUUCAGGAGAAGAUAUUUAGUGGACCAUCAGUUUUGAGAAGGAAAAAGAUGCAAUCUUCUGGAAUUCAACCACCAAUGCCCAGACCCCAUAGCGCAGAUUUUCUUGAAUAUGAAUCUAAAAAUGAAAUGCUUAACAAAACAAUGCCAACACGUUCAAUUUAUGAGCAGGCCAAACAACCUCAAAGACCUAAAUCCAGUCUCGAUAUAAAUUCGUAUUAUGAUCCUAGUUCAGAUAGAUACUAUUCUGAAGAAAGCUAUGCUGAAAAAAUGCGACAAUCCGCUCAGUACUUGCAAGCAAGUAAACAGCAAGGUUUGGGGUCGCGUAAUAUACAAAUACCUUUGGCAAAAUAUGCCAGUGGUUUGGCUGAAAAACAAUUAAAUUCACCAUAUUCUCAAAUUACUAAUAAUAACUACGAAACUGAGUUUGGAGCAAAUAAAAUAGUUCGAGAUAAUGUAAGUUAUAAUUCUAAACAUAGCGAUCUAGAAGGAUUGAAUUCUAACUGGACUUUAAAAGAAAAGGGUAUUGAGAAUCAAAAAGAAUACGUAAACAGAAGUGGAAGUGUUAUGAGUGAUGGCUCUAACGUUAGUGCGUAUACUAAAGACAUGAAUAAAUUUGAUGCAUCUUCUGAAGGGUUUAUUCGAUCAGCGAGUGCAAGAUUGCCAUCAACCACCACAGAAAAGGAAGGCGAUAAGAAAAUCCAACAGCGCGAAGAAUCUAUGAAGCGUUUGUUAGAGUGGAAACAGAGGAUGCUCCAAUCUCCUUUAACAAGAAAAAGUACACCAGCCACUAUAUCUCUUGCCAGGUCUUUGAAUCAAAGUCGUCAGUCUUUGAGAUCAGACCAAUUUAAAUCCAAGAAUUACACAAAUGCUUCGUAUAACAGCUACUCUUCUGAUGAUGAAGCUUCUAUGACAAUGUCAGGCACAAAUAUAAAUUUAAAUUUAGAAAAUAAUACUACGAAUCAACAAGCAUUGUCAAAGAAAGGUUUUCUCGGAAGUAAUACGUCAAUUGGAAGAAAUAAUCGAGAUGCUAAUAUACCAGUACGUGCAGUUAGUCCUAGAGUGAGAUGGGUAGAAGAUAAAUUACCCAAUGACCAUUUCGGCUCGCAACAGAUAUCAGCUUCCCACCAGAAUUUACAUACACUGACAUCUACAGAAGAUUCGUGGGCGAACGCUCGAUCGCCUUCACGAGUAUCUCAGCAACCUAUUCGAGCUGUUAGCCCGAGGGUUCGAAGGAAUACUGAACCAGAUGCUUUGCAAAGGGAAACUCAACGACCAGGUCAUGGCGAACGAUUGAGUGAUGUUCCUACUGCUGGGGAGCUUCUAGGUAGAACUCACGAAGAACUUGUAUUGCUCCUUAUACAGUUGAGACGACGGCAUGCUGCAACUCAUCGAGCCAUAGAGAAUUGCUGCUCACAAAUUAAUAGUAUAGAGGACUGUCUCGGUUCCUUAAAAGCUUUGGAACGUGAAGAAAGUCUACAACGUUUGGAGCAGUUAAAGGUGCAGUUGAUGGAAUUAGAACAUCAGUAUGAAAAAAGCAAGCCAUUAGUGCAAUUGGUUGACAAUAUGGUAAAGUUGGGUUCAUUAUACAACAGGCCAGGAUCCACUGUAGAGCGUCUAGAAAGAAAUCAGAGAUUGAGACAAAAAGUACUCGCUGAACAUGCCUUCGAACAACAGAGGUGGCUUGAAAGUGCAGCGGCCGGAAAGCCUUUAGAAACUGAAGCAGCUCGAGCUAGAGUAGCAGAAUUGUGGGCGUUGGAGCAGGAAUUAGCAGACGAGGCCGCAAUACUACAGGGGCUCAAGACCGAUAAGGAUGCUAUUGAGUCCCUACUUACUGGUGUACGUGGCAAGUUAGACAGUGUUCCCAGGAGUGAAUUGUCUCGCAAUGGAAUGGGUGUCAGUGGUCUAGGAGGCGCGAUCGGUGUUGGUGGUGACGGGCCAACAGUCCCACAGAGCUUUCCAACUGGCUCGGCGCUCGAGGCGGAACUAACACGAGUGCACGCCAUGUUGGCGCACAAUUCUAAGGUUUAUAAGAAACUAGAGCAAACGGUAGCUGAUAACGCUCGUCUGGAGCGUGAGCUUCAACAGCUGCGGCGGGCGUUGCAGGCUCGGCGCGCUGCUGCACCAGCCCAUCCCACUGCUGUACUCGAAGAUGAAGUGUCACGUGUGCAACAACUAGUGUCAGCCUUACAAAGACAACGACAGGAACUGAGCCGAGCUGUACGGCAUCUAACACAGCAGUCGCAGGCUCUGCAGACCACGCACCACUUUAUACCCGGUAAACGUCGACCAAUUUCGUCUUGGCAAGAGACCAAUUUAGAUACGGGACAUACCAUUGAUCAUGGUCAGGCGGAUUAUGACUAUGAUAUGUCGAGAGAACUGUUACCUCCGGGGCAUUAUGAACAGGCCAAUAUGGAUACACCAUUGUACGUUGAUACUCGAACAUCUGCAGCUGAUAUCACAUCACCGUUAACUAGUGAGGAAAUGCAACAAAGUGGAUUUGGUAAUCUCUCUAAUGUUGAGAAACAGGAAAUUAAAACUGUCCGAAUAGUAAAAAGGGAAAGCGAAAGACGUCAGAGAGAUAGAGAACGAUCACUCCAACCAAUGACCGAUUGGCCAUCUAACAACAUUUCAACAAACCUCGAUCAGUUCAUAGAGGAAGAAUUAGUCCAAUCAUUGAAUUAUACAAGGGCAUCAUCUGUACCUCGAACGGAUUUUAGCAAAUUCGAAGAGUAUUACUCAAAACCACAGCCAACACAGACCAAUUAUCUACAAGUAAAUGAUAAAAAUAUGGACUUAAGUCCAAAAUAUCCAUCAAGUUCUUCAUUAUCAAAUUAUGACUAUUCUAGAGACAUAUCAUCUUUAAGUAGCAGUUACCAUAAAAAUUAUGAUAAGUCUGGAUACGACCGCACUACGUCACUUUCAACACAGUAUUUAAAUAGUCCGACAGAUAGUUCUCGAACGUUGACAAAUGAUCCAUUAUCGAAAACUAGCAGCAUUGUCAGUUUGACCAGAUCCCAUAUGGAGCUGUCUCCAAUUUUCAAGAGUGAAGCAGCGAAACAGAUUAUUACUGAGAUGUCAGGGGAACCCAAAAACGGAUCAUUACAUAGGAGGCAAGUUCCAAAGGAGAAAAGAAGGCAUAAUACGGCGCCACAUCAUUUGAGUGCAAAAACUUUAAACGAGAUGCCCAAGGAUGGAUAUAAUCAAGACAAGCUGGGUAGAUCCUUGGAUGACGCGGACAUGGAGAGAGCUCUGCGCGGCGUGCGUGCGGCUCCCGCGCCGGACGUGGUACGCUCGGCGCUGCCGGCGCAGACGCACCGGCUGGCAGACAACACUAUCGACCAGUUACUCGCCGCGCCGCAGAAAAUACUAAUACCAGAACGAUACAUACCGGAAAAGCCACCAGAGCUUUCACCUGAAGAGCAACAGAAACGUCUAGAAAAAGUGGAAUCAAUAAAAAAAAUGCUUACUAGUUCAUCUGCAGACAAUAAUAAGAGCCCGGACACUGAAGAGAAGCGGCAGCGAGAACACUUACUGCAGAUGAACCAGAUUCUUGCCAAGCAGGUCACCGAGAUGAGCAAAAUCAUAGCUGGAACCAACACUGACCAAGGGCCGUCCAGCGUAAACAAUUGAUUUCAUAUACCACAGUUAUAUUUCAUAUACUACGUCUAAAGCACAAAUUCACAACCUCAACCACUAAUACUUCACCUAUUGACAUCCUUAGCAACAUUUUAACUUACAAUCAGACUGUUCCACAUCUUAAAGUCAGUAAUCGCUAAAAUGGGUGGCCCUUAGAAGAUUAGCUGUCCAGUAUGUUGCAGCAUGGUUUCGUUUUAUUGCAUUUUGUUUGAAAGCGUUGGAAGAGCUGCCACUACAUGACAAAAACGACGAAAUGGACGAUCGAUCGCCUGAUGUCGAGCUGCCUAUAUAUCAACAAAGAGAUAAUUUCUUUACCUAAAAUAUGAAGAGAUCCAAAUUUAAUCGAUAUUACAAUUAACCUGUUUUUGACCUAGACCUUCUUUGGAGAUAUUAUGAGGAUAUUAAGGGCAUGACAACUAUUAUAUAUAACAGUAGAUAAAUAUAUACCUACAAUUUAUAUCAAUUAUUAUUAUAUUGUUAUUUGUCUACUCAUCUGGUGGCUUACUGAUCUAGUUAUAUGACAAUUAAAAUAUCAAACAUCUUACUGCGAACUCUUUAAUGGUAAAUCGUUAACCUAAUUUAAGAAGACAAUGUAAUCAAAUUAUGUGGGCUUUAAUAAAUUUUAAGCUAUUAAAGUAGAAUGUUCAAUUAUUAGUAGAUAUAACGAGUCUUCGAGUGUACUAAACUAUUUUGAAUUUUAUAGUUAUCUUAUUGUAGAUAAAGGUGUAGGAGAUCUGUACUCGAAUUAUUAUAAGUGCCAUCGCUGUAAAAUCUGAACAAACCAAAACUGAUUGAAAUAUUGCUGCCAGAACUACUUCCGAUUAGACGAACCCGAAUAAACUAAUGAAAAUUUGAAUUGCAUUGGGCAUAGGAUAUUCACAUCAAGCUCCUAAUUAUGGAACCUGUAAGAACUUUCUAUCGAAUAAUAUUAUAUACUCGAAACAAACUUAAUAUAUUGUCAAGCUAACGGAUCACACUUACUUUACAUUUGCAUUAAAAUGUAAAUAUAAUCGUUUAAAAAUGAUUAAAAUAUAUUUGAGAAUUUGCGAUUGUAUUUAAUAUUUCUAAAAGUUUGGUUUGCUCGGAUUUUCUGUAGUUAUAUAGAUGCCGGCAAAUAACUUCAAAACUUUUCAGUAUCACGAGUUACUUUAUAAUUUUUUUAAACACAAUUCCAUUACCGUAUAGGUCAAGGGGUACUGAAAUAAUUUUUAAGGUAUUUGGCGACAAUUACAUAUACUGCAAUUAUUACAUGUAAAGUAAUUAGGCAUAGUUCCUGUUUCUGAUUAGUUACAUUUGAAAAAAGAACGAAAUUAAGUGAUGGAAAGAAUUUUCUAGAACAGAUGACUACUAAUGAAAUGAGAUGAGACUAAAUGCUUAGGAUAAAUUAUUAUUAUCAGUAAAUAUUAUAUCAGGCUUUACAAUUUUCAUGUAAGAGAUAAGAAGAUCAACUGAAUCCAUUUUUUUUAUUGUGUUUAUAGUACAAACUACCCACGAAUAUAAUUAAUUAUAUUUAUUCAUUAAAUAUGAACUUAUUAUUUUAUAGUAAAACAAAUAUGAAUUAAUUUAUAGUUUCUUUAACAAAUCUUAGUUCCACUUUUUUUCCUAAUCUAUAAAUAUGUUCAAUUUUUUGUGACUGAUAUCUUAAUCACUGUUAAAGUGUUAAUUUUCAUAUUUUUUUUUAUUUUGUCGUAAUUACACUGACAUUAUAAAGAGCGUUUAUUACAUUGUAAUAUUUCAGAGGUUACAUAAACUUUCAAUAAUUACACGAGUGUCUUUGUUUGGAAUGUGAUUUGCUUGGCACAUAUCCAGAUUAAUGUCAUAUCUGCUAACACGAGUGAUGUAAGUACUGCUUAGAGUGUAUCUCGUAGUAAUUGGAUAUAUUUUUUUUUAAUAUUUGCUCAAUUUUGACAACAUUCCUUCUGUAGUUGCUUUACAUUUCAUAGAAGUAUAUUGUAAAGUGUAUUACUUGAUAUUAUACAAUAUAUAAAGUUGUUUUAGGCCUGUUUUAUACGUAAAAAUAUACUUUCUUUCGCGUAAAUAACUUAAAGUCUUCUGUGUAAAGGGCCUUGAAUUGUUAUUGUAGAAUUAAGAUACCUUAUAGUGAAUUGUAUUUAGAGAAUAUUUAAGACGAUGCCAUGUUAUUCAAUUAUGUCUUAAAAACUAAUCCAUCACUAGCAAAAGCACAUUAUUAUAGGAAAAUAUUACAAAGUUAGUUAUAGAUAACGAAAACAAAUGCGUUUUAGUAUUAUUUCGUUUUUUGUUUCAUGUAUUUUAGUGUAUAUAUAAUUAUUAUAAUAUUUUAUCAUUUCAAUAAAUUUUCUUUUAUUAAAUCCCGCUUAGUUUUUUUUAUUUAUAUUUUGUUUUUAUGUCAUUAUUUGUAAACAUUUGUGUUAAUUAUAAAAUUACUCUAAAUAUAAGAAACUUAUGUAAACUUAAAUUACCCUGCUCUAUUUCAUCGAUUCCAAUAAGAUUAUUAAAAAAA